UGAACGUUUAACGUAUGUGCUUUCCUGUAUCUGGAGCAUUUACAUAGGUGUAAAUAAUGCUCAAACUUGAAAUCUCGAAAUGGGUUUAAUAAAGAAAAUAGUAACAGUGGGAGAUGGUGCCUGCGGUAAAACAUGUUUGUUAACGACGUUCAGUAGGAACGAGUUUCCCGAAAAACAUAUACCAACAGUUUUCGAAACGUAUUCUAAAGAAAUCGAAGUGGAAGACAUGGAAGUAAGUUUGGCGUUAUGGGAUACAGCGGGAGAAGAAGAUUACGAUAGACUGCGACCACUGUCAUAUCCAAGAACUAACGUAGUGCUAAUAUGUUUCGCUAUAGACUUUCCAGAUUCUCUUGAAAACGUACUGGAAAAGUGGUAUCCAGAAGUUAAACAUUUUUUACCGAGAGUUCCAUACAUCUUAGUGGCGAAUAAAUUAGAUCUGAGAACAAACCCAGACACCAUCAAAUAUUUAGCGAAAACUAACAUGCAUCCCGUUACUCAAGAAGAAGGCGAAAAAAUGGCGAGAAGAAUCAAAGCCGAUAGAUACAUGGAGUGCUCAGCCAAACAUCUUUUGGGGAUCAAACCAAUUUUCCAGGAAGCUGCAAAAAUUGCGAUUGAAGCAAAGAAAGAACGCAAAAUGAAACGGUAUUGCAAACUUUUAUGAAACAAAUGUGAUAGUUGAUAAUAAUAUAGAAAUAGGUAAUAAAAGUUAUAUGUAUUGUCCGAUUUCUUGAUUGUUAUAAAUCAUUUAAAUCCACGAAGGUAGAAUCUAAAUAAUAAUGUGUACCGUAGCGGAAGCGGGUGAGGUUUGUUAAUACGAAGUUUGAUAUUUGAUCAGUGAUAAUGGAGGUACAAAGUUUAGCCGGUCUGGCUUGUCGCUGGAUAUUUCAGAAAAGUUUAGAAGAGCAGAGAUCAUUACGGCACCUCUAGAAGAAGCAUAAAUCAACUAUAUAGAAGUAGAUGCAAUAAGGGAAAUACUUAGUAAAAUUGGAAAAAUGAUGGUAUACUAUUUAAGUUUUUUAUGAUACCUCCCUCCCAGUACCCCAAUCAGGGAGGAGACGGCAGGUGUCAAUUAUCAUUUGGCAUAAUUGGAUAACCUUUUUUUUUUCAAUUUGAUAUCAAUAUUUAAUAUCUCG